AUGCUCUUUGUGAACCGGCUUCAAACGGAUCAUGACGCUACGCCUCCUGCACUUCGCAAGGCGUGCUCAUUCCCUCAAGCUCUGGCCAAACAUCAGUGUUGCGCUGCAUUUUUGCACUUUCUUCGGCUUCUGGAGCGGAUGAGCCCACCUUCAGACUUUCUGGAAGCCCAGUCAUCACUCCGCAGCCAGUUUGCUUCUGGCUUUCUCGACCCAGAUCUCUUGCACGUGCUGGAACAUGGCUUUCCUCCAGGCGAUCCUUCCGCAGUGACCGCAUUCAGGCUCAUGAAAGCUCAGCGAAUCCAAAAAGAUGCUCGAGACCAAGAGAUUGAAAAGAACCUGCGACAAGCUGAUGUACAGUCAGUGCUUGCGAAGCUUGAGUCUGACAUCAAGACGCUGAAGGAUCGGGCGCCAAGCGAGGCACAGGCUGCGAAGGGAACAAAGUGUGCGGACGCGAUCAUUGCUGGCCUGUUGGACGGCAUGCCACUUGGUGAUACGGAUCGCGUGUACUGGGUUGAUGUGGUGCCCAAUGAGUAUUGUGAAUUUGGCCGGGCGUGCAUUGAACGGACUUUGGGGGAUGGGCGGAACGUGUUGUACAUUGGCUUUGUCACGCAGAAGCAAAUGGAUCGCGCCACCAAGUCUUUCCGGAACUACGUCUACAGCUGCUGGGAUGCGAUGGCUACGUCCCCGCCCAGGGUCCGGCCUCAAGAUGAUUCAGAAGUUUUGCCUACGCCAGAGUUGCAAAUCCUGGCGUGGGAGCAUGACCACCCCGUGUGGCCACAGCCUUUGCUGACCCGAUUCGAAGGUGGCACCGAGGAGCACAAUCUUUUGAUGGCAAAGAAAAAGGAGUUCGAUACAGCUUUUCCAGCAUCUGCCGAGAAUGCGUCGCAGGCUGCAAACGAACCACGCGGGGUUGGGCGUGCCGGGGGCUUUUGCGACUUUAGUGUCGAUGGUGGCGCAAGGCCGCUGGACAUUGCCAGGGAGAUUUCACUGCCUGCUGUUACCGACGCAGAUAUGGAAGCAGUGAAGAAGGGCAGGAUUGGAUGGUCAGAGGGUAAAUCUGGAAAGCCAUCAAUUCUCAUUGCAUCAAACCUCCAACUGUGGAUCGGGAAUCCCACGGACGAAGACACCAACUACGCGUCACAAGAACUCCUCGGAUUCGGAGUUGGUGCUUUCGAGGAGAAGGUUGUGAGCGACCCGGGCGCAGAGAGCAAUGUGCUCCCGUUCUGCUUCAAGUCCGAUUUGGACCUCAUCAGCUACCAGAAGAAACCGCAAGCGCUAUGCGCCUUUCUCCGAUUCCUGGCCAUCGAGAAGGGUUUGGGUGAGGUUCAGGUGGAAGAUCACAAUGUGACCCAGAAGUUUUUUCCUGUGACCACUCCUGGUGCUGACGCUGUGCCGGUGACCUUUCGCUAUGACGUUGCUGCCAAAGACUCCAAGGUGGUGAAACCACAGGCUGAGACACCUGCGGAAGGUUCAGAUGCAGAUCAGAUUCUCAAGAAGCCGGCAGCGAAAGGCUUGAAACGGCCAGCCGCAGCCCACCCUGGAGGAAACGUGACAAAUCCGUUUCUGUACAAGACUGGCAUUUGGGGCAUCAAGCAAAAUGGAAAACAAGUCCUGACAGUGGGAGGAAAGUACAAGCACGUUGGCAAAUGCAAGGAGAUUGCAGACAUUGCGGCGGAUAUGUUGCGUGAAGGCAAACCACUCGAGGAAGUUCGGUCUGCGGUUGCACCAUAUGCGCAAGAGAUUGUGAAAGGUUCUAAGGUGUGGGAGUUGCGGUCCACGAAUUCGCACUACCGAGAACGCAUAGGGAUCGCUUUAGCACACACUCAAACGGUGAUUGGAGAAGUCAACCUGAUCGAUGUCAUCCAGCUAGAUGCCGAUUCAGUGAAAGCCAAUUUUAGCAAGCACCGGGUUCCUGCUGAAGUUUUGAAAGACUUUGUGCCUUCUGGUCGACGUGUGUUUGCAUGGGUCAUGGCCAACGCAAGUGAAUACGCAGUGGCCAAGCCAUACCAGCACCCCCUGGGUGCCAUCGUCUGGGUGGAUGUCGGACCAGAGACUUUGGCAACCGCUGAGUUGGUGAAGACUGUUGGCCCUCGUGACCAGGGCGGGGGAGACGAGCCCGCAGCUGAAGCUCCCAUGGCUGAAGAAGCUGUGAUGUCUGAAGCCCCCGUGGCUGAAGAAGCUGCGGAUCCGAACGAGUUUGCCAAAGGCGAAUUCGAAGGUGAAGAGGAGGACCUGGCUGACAAUGGAGACCAGGUUGUGGAAGACAUUGACUGA